GAAAACCCAGGAAGUGUGGCCUAGGCCUAACAAAAUCUCAGGCUAAUAAUAAACGGCCUGAGUAAUGAGUAGCGUGGGCCAGGACAGGCAGGAGGCUGGAGCAGCGGCACAGGAGCAUGGACAGGUGGCCAGGGGCGACUAUGGCAAACUGCCCCAAAGAGCAGUACUGGGACUCCUUGACCAAAACCUGUGUCUCCUGCAUCUCCUGCAGCCAGAGGAGCCAGCGCAGCUGUACAGAUUUCUGCAAGUUCCUCAGUUGCCGCAGAGAGCAAGGCAAGUACUAUGACCAUCUCCUGGGGGGCUGCGUGAGCUGCGACUCCACCUGCCCACAGCACCCUCUGCAAUGCGCACACUUCUGUGAGAAAAAGGCCAGAAGCCGGAUGAACCUUCAGCCUGAGCUCAGGAGACCACAGGCCGGGGAAGUGGAAGCCAGGCUAGGCAACUCAGGAAGGCACCAAGGAGCAGAACAUGGAGGCUUGCAGAUAGAUUCAGCAUCCACAGGACUGAGGGUGAGCAGCGACCAGUUGGCCCUUGUCUACUGUACACUGGGGCUUUGCCUCUGUGCCAUCUUCUGCUGUUUCUUGGUGGCAUUGGCCUGCUUCCUCCGGCGUAGAGAGCCGCUUCCUAAGCAGUGUUCAGGGCCAUGUGUGUCCCAGGCAAAGUCUCCCCACCGCCCCGCAACAGAGGCUUGCAGUGAGGUGGUCUUGCCACCCCAGCCUGUCGAGACAUGUAGCUUCUGCUUCCCGGAGCGCAGGCCGCCCACACAGGAGAGCACACGCACACUCGGGACUCUCGGCUUAGCGGGAACCGCUGCCCCGCAGCCCUGUGCACGUGCAUCGUUUGACACCAUGCGUGUGCCCAUCGGAGAUACUGGUCCAGGAGCUUGACAGCCAGUGAAGAAGGAGACAAUGAAGUGGAUGGAGUGCAAGAGGAGGGAAGGGAUGAAGAAGAGACAGGAGGAAGACACGAGAGAGAGCCUGCACCCACCCACAAUGAAGCAACCACCCACAGUGCCCACAUCCCAGCACCACCUGUGUCACGGUUUCCCAGACUUUAGGCAGAGCAGUCACCUGUGCGCUCCUCUUUAGUGGAGAACGAUGGAGAACAGCAGGCACCUGGAACAUCGCCCUCACAGUUCUUACGAAGAAGCGCCCUUCCCUAGGGCCUUAGGCAGAUAACUGAGUGCAGUGUGUAUGUUUGUGAAUAAAAUAAUUUGUACGAGUGUGUGCAGAUGCUGGGCCGUGUCAUGUGCACGUGUAUGUGAAUUGUGUGUGUGUGUGUGUGUGUGUCAUGUAUAUAUGCAUGCACAUGCAUGUGUGUGAAUUUGGUGCAUGCAGUAUGUGUGUCCACAUGUGCAUGUGACCAAUGUGAUGUAGCCAGGAAGGCAAGAGACUCCAGGUGAAGGCCAAAUGUCUAAAAGGAUGAUGGGUGUUUCCUGGACCUCACCAUGAGUAUGUUCAAUUGCAUCCAUUCUGAAUGAGCACCUAUACACUUAUCCUUCUAGUUGCAUUUAAACCUCCAGGUGCAUAAAGCGUUUUCCCAGCAAACUUAAGUGUGAAACCAUACACAGUGAAAUUUCACCCUCCCUACCCUGGUACUUGGCAGACCUACCCACAAGUGCACUCCUGCCCUCACCAUCCACAGCUAGCAGGCUGUACAGGGAGAAGGGCGCCCUUCACAAUAUAACACUGAUGCCAGCUCUGGUAACACAAGGUGGCUGCCGCAGAGUUUGGAAACCUGCAGUCAAGAGGUCUGCAGCAUUGGCUCUUCCUGAGGCUGCACACACCUGAGGCUGUACAUGCCCAAGGCUGCACAUACCUGAGGCUGCACACACCUGAGGCUGCACACGUCUGAGGCUGUACAUGCCCAAGGCUGCACAUACCUGAGGCUGCACACGCCUGAGGCUGCACAUGUCUGAGCUGCAUAUGCAAGGUUUGUCUUUGGUUUCUCCUUACCACUCUACACUCUGCCUUCUCUCUCUCUCUCUCUCUCUCUCUCUCUCUCUCUCUCUCUCUCUCUUUCUCUCUCUCUCUUAUUCUCCAUCUUUCUCUUACUCUCUCUCUCUCUCCUUUCUCUGUUCAUUCUCCCUUUUAGAUCUCAUGUUAUGAUCCACCUAAUGGCUUCAUUUUGACUUCUCUGUCAAAACUCCAAAUGAGGCCACAUUCAAAGCACUAAGGGUUGGGAUUUCAACAUAAUGAGUUUUUGGGGACAAAUUCAACCCACGAUGGAGGCCCUGUAAGACCACCACUGCUUUAUUUUUGUUGACAAAUUGGCAUCUAACAAGUUUUUGUCUGAGGCGUGUCUCACCAAGUAUUGAGCCAGUCUACAUCAAUACCACGCCCACCAUGACCAGCUUCCUACAACAGGGUUGCUGGGAAGCCCCAGGCCCCUGCUACAGACAUGUGCUGACUGUGGACUGAGGAACACAUAGCACAUGCUCAGAGACAGACUCCAGCGCUCAGCUUGUCUGGGAGAUGAACCUAUUUCUAGUCUUUAGGAUCUGUGGUUUUAAAACUUUGCUCAUCCAAACCCAAGGGGCUGUGAGUGCCAGAUAUUUCUGGGACUGAGGGUGAGAGGUGCCAGGACACAGGGUGCUGAGAGCCCAGCCUUGGUCUCGGUUGAAGACAAUCUUGAGAGUGUUUGGCCUGCUUUUCAGUGGAUCCUGUGUGUAAUUUUUUCCUUCUCUUUGUAAAGAAAGGGCUCUUUUGCCAACUUUAUCUGUUGUGUUGGCUCAGCCUGCAGAAUAUAGCCUGAUUCCACUCACAUGGUCCCCUUACAAACUUUUAUUAGUAUAUAUUAACUGAAUAAAGCCAGUUUUGCUGCAGCUUUCACAA